AUGAGAUCAAUAAAUAAUUCCAUUGAUACACCAUCUAUUAAAGUUAGAUUCAAUAAUAAUGAGAGAGUGGAUGAAAUGAAAACAACUAAAACAAUUAAAAAAAUGAAUAUUUAGGAUGAAUUAUCUAUAAUUUGGGAAUAUUAUAUGUAUAUGAUCAUGGCUAUUUUGGUUGAAAUUAUAGUACUAAUAUUUAAUAAUGAGACCAAAAUUCUCAACAUAAUAAGAAUCACUAUAUUUAUUCUUAUUUUUAUUAUAUCCCUUGUUUACAUAAAAAAAAUGCAGUAAAAUUUAUUAUUAUGUUUGAUUUGUUUGAUUAAAAUAUUUUAGACUUCAACUAUAUGCCUAAACAAUGAAGUUUAUUUGAUUGCUAUAAUACCAUUUGCAUAUGAUUAAAUUACUAUUAACAAUAAAGUUGCAAUCAAAUUAAAAGUGCUAGAGCAAAUAUUAAUAAAGAUCAUAGGUGUAAGUUUAAUUUGUAUUUUUUAUAAAUUGCCAUUAGCGAUAACUAUAAAUUUAUGUUUAAUGAUUUUGGAAAUCUAUAGAAAUCGUAUCAUUUUUAUGAAAACAGAAGUAAAUUAAUCAUUAAUUAAUUACAAAAUACCUAUUGAUUAUGAAUAAGUAGCAUAAAGUGUUAGAGUAGAAAAUACAUAAAGAGAAGAUAUAUGGAAGAAAAGAUUUUACAUAAUACCAUUAUCAAUUUUAUUAAUUUCAAAGGAAACAUUAAAAAUUACAUAUAAAAAUUAGACAUUAUUCAAAUAAUUUUGUGAUAGUUUUAUUAAUGAAGAAGAAUUAGAGGAUCUUAUAUUAAAUAAAUUAUAUUUCUCAUUAUUAUCAGAUCAUUAAGAAUUUGUAUAAUUGUCUUCUAAAAAUAUUAUUAAAUUAAAAUAAAAAAAAUCUUAUUCAUCAAAUGUUUUUCAUUAGAAAUCUUGUAUGACUUAAUUAAGUUCCUAUGAUUUAAUGUAAAAAAGAACUUUGAUUGAAAUUCUUACAUAAAUAAAAAGUGAUAUGUAUAAUUUAUAAAAAGACGUUAUUGAAUUAUUUUGUCAGUAAACAGAAAUAUCUGGUGCUAAAUAUUAAUUAGAGGCUAAAAUUAUUUUAUCUGAUAAAGAUGAUGAAUUUUUUGUAACACUUAAUGAUACAACAAAAUAAAAUGAAAUUCAGUAAUUCAUAGUAAAAGAAGAAUUUAAAAGUAAAGUAAAUAAAUAAUUUAUAUAUUUGAGAUUAUAGAAUCAUUUUCACAUGAAUUACGAACACCAUUAAAUAGUGCUAUUAAUUUUUUAGAGGCAUCAAUAUCUAAUAAUACAAUUGAUGAUAAAUUAAAAUUACAAACUCUUGAACCUGCAGUCAAUUCAUUAAAAUUAUAAUCUUAUUUAAUUAAUGAUAUCAUUGAUUAUUAAAAUUAUAAUGCAAAUUAAUUAGAACUAUAUGUUACAGAAUUUUCUGUCUAAGAUUUCUUAAGUGAAUUAACAUCAUUAUUUAGUAUUUAAUUUGAUAUGAAAAAGAUUACUUUUAAUUUAGAUUUACAAAAAAAUUAAUUAUAAUAUUUUAGUUCUGAUCAAACAAGAUUAACUUAAAUUUUAGUCAAUCUUUUAUAAAAUUCACUCAAAUAUACUUCUAGUGGAGUAAUAAAACUUAAAUUUAGUAGUGUAUCAAAUGAUAUAGUGAAAAUAGUAAUUUAAGAUUCAGGUAUAGGCAUAGCUCCUAAUGUUUUAGAAUAAGUUAGGAUAACUUUAAAAUAUGUUGAAGAAAGUAAAGAUUUUUAAACUUUUAAAGCUUGGAAAGGAUUUGGAUUAUUAAUUUUUGCAUUGUUGCAUUAAAGUUUAUGUCCUCCAACAUUAAGGUCUAUUCAAAUUGAAUCAACUGUAUUUAAUAAGGGGACUAAAAUUAAAUUUUAUAUUUUAAAUUUCAAUUACAGUUCGAAAUAAAAUACAAUUAAAUAAUCAUUUAGUGCAAAAAAUACACUUAGACAAUCCUAAAGUGUUAAGAAAUCUUUAUAAUCAAAUUCUCUUAGUUAAAUAUUACCUAUGAAUGGAACAAUAUAUUUAGCAUAAGAUAUUUAAUAAGUAAAUUAACACAUGAAAAAGAGUGAGAGAAUUAUGAAUUCUGUUUCAAAUACUUUAGAUGAUUUUUCGGAAUUGUCUAAGAGUCCAAAAAUAUAAUUUUGUUCACCUGAUGCUAAUAUCUCUUAAUUAAUCUAAAUUUAACCUGUUUUAAUUACAGAUAUUAAAUCAAGUUAAAAGAUUUCAAUAAAAAAUAAAAAUCCUUUAUUUUAAUCUUAUAAAUCAUAAAAAUCAUAAUUAGUCAAUUUAAAUUAAUUUAGAAAGAUGGAAACAUAAUAUAGGGAAGAUAUCUUCAAGACAUUGGCAAUCAAAAAAAAUAAAUGUAAUUGCAAUAUCAUAUUAUCUGUGGAUGAUGAAAUAUUUAAUUAAAAAUCAGUUGAAAGACUUCUUUAAUAAAUUGGAUUUGAUGUAAAAUUAGCAUUUAGUGGAGAUGAAGCAAUCAAUUUAAUAUUGAAUCUAAAACCUUGUAGUUUAGGUUGUAAUAUUUUAACAAUCAUUUUAAUGGAUUAUUAGAUGCCAAGAAAAGAUGGUAUUGCUACAACUAAAGAAUUAAAAAAACUCAUGUCAGAUGGUAUUAUCCCUGAAAUCCCAAUAAUUGGUUUAACUGCCUUUACAGGUUAGUAAGAUAUUAAAAAUUGCUUAAUAGCAGGUAUGAGUGAUGUAUUAUCAAAACCUUUAAAAAUUUAGGAAUUAAAAGAUGUAUUAGCAUCUCUUUGA